AUGCAUGUCAACAAGAAAUUCGGUCGCUUCAAGCAAUGGGCUGGAGAGCGAAUGGGUGGAGAGGUCAAGACCAGUCUUUCCGACGACUUCAAAGCCAUGGAGACUGAGAUGAAUGUGAGACAUGAUGGCGUCGAUCGCAUUCACAAAUCCAUGACAGCCUACGUCAAAUCUGUUUCCAAACGCAACGAAGGCGAUGAUAAGGAGAAAACAUUACCUAUUGCCCAUUUGGGAGGUAGUAUGGUCAGCCACGGAGAGGACUUUGAUGUGAAUUCGGAGUACGGACGGUGCAUGACCAUGUUUGGAAGAGCCGAGGAGCGACUUGCACGUGUCCAGGAAAGCUACAUUUCACAGGCGAACUCAAGCUGGCUUGAGUCACUGGAGAGAUCCUUGACUCAAAUGAAAGACUACCAGGCCUCCCGCAAGAAGCUCGAUAGCCGGCGACUUGCCUACGACACUUCGCUCUCCAAGAUGGAGAAGGCGAAGAGAGAGGAUUUUCGUGUGGAGGAAGAGCUUCGGACCCAGAAGGUCAAGUAUGAAGAGGCCAAUGAAGAUGUCUUCCGGCGCAUGCAAGAUAUCAAGGAUUCAGAGGCAGAGAAUGUUGUGGACUUGACUGCGUUCCUGGAGGCCCAGCUGAGCUAUCACGAAAGGUGCCGGGAGGUACUCCUCCAGCUCAAGAAUGAGUGGCCUGGCGGUCAAGCUACUACGCAGACGCCGAAUGGUCGUCGCUCUGGACGUGCCCGCUCCAACACUGCACACUCGUAUUACGAACGCUACGAACCACUUCAUGAGGAACCCCAGACUGAAACAGAACCUCGGCCUAUCAUCCGGUCGAGCCAACCGGUCGAAACGGGUUUCCCACGUCCAGUUUUCAACCGGACACCAACAUUUGAAGGACCUUCGCAGUUGCGACAAGAGCAACCUUCCUACCAACUGCCAUCGAGAACAAACAGCGAAAACUACAUGCCUCGCAGGGACAGCUCCCAGGUUCUGCCUAUCAGCACUCGAGUGCCUAGUACCGACUACUAUGUCAACUCUCCUGACGACAUCAGUCCACGGAGCGGCAACAGCCCUGAUAAUUCGUACCGAGGACGCUCAGUCUCUCCAGCUCCGUCUAAUGGCAGUGUGAUGUCCAGGAGGACCAGCUCUACCCAUCUUAACGGUGUUGGAGGAUUCAAGAAGGGUCCGCCGCCGCCGCCUCCUUCGCGCGCAAAGAAGCCGCCACCGCCGCCGCCGAUGAAGAGGGCUCUUCUCACUGUAGGGGAUUCGUGA